AUGACCGACAAGCAAAAACCUCGCGAAGACGUCCUCAAGAGACUCGUUUGCGACUUGGAAGCGAAGAAAACGUUGUGCUGCGUCAAGGACUAUCCUGGAGUGGAACUAGAGCAGUUGAAUCAUUACGUGAAGAAUUUUGGUCCAUUGGUGAACCCGCCAACACUAUUGCAUGCCGCUCUCUCGAAUGAGGUGUCAUCACAUGACGUGUAUCGAGUGGGCCGGUGA